AUGGACUACCAACACACAACCCUCCAAUCACGACCCCACAGACGAUCUAGUGGCGGGGAACGACUCAUCGGAUCACACCCAACGGUCCUCGAUCUCACCAGCUAUCAGCUCUAUGAUCUGCACUCAGUCGAGCUUCCACCGAGUCUAACCAAGUUAGACUUACCGGCGAACCGUUUAUCGAAAUUAGAGCCCCGAAUUGGCCAACUGUCUAACCUCAAGAAACUCCCUCUUCGCCAAAAUCUCUUCGACGAUGCAGGGGUUGAGCCGAUUGCAAAAUGGGACGCUAUAUCGGACCUCGAGGAGCUGGUGCUCAGAGAUAACCAGCUAAAGAAAAUUCCUGAUCUUAUCAUUUUCAAGAGGCUCUUGAUAUUUGAUGUUUCUUUCAAUGAGAUUUUGGCAUUGAAUGGAUUAUCAAAAGUCCACAAUACACUGUGUUAA